AUUACAACUGAUGGGAAACCUAAGAUAAUUGAUAUAAUUGAUACAACAGGCAGUGGUGAUGUAACUACAUGUACCAUUGUGGAACCUAAAGAUGGAGAAAUUGUCGGUCUGUCUGGAAGAACUUUAAAGAUUCCAGGAACCUGGGUAAAUCCUUCAGGCAAAUAUCACAUUGGCAUAAAAAAUGGCUAUGAUAUCUAUCCUAAGGCUCUUAAGGAGAGGAUUCAGAAAGAACGCAAGGAAAAGCUGUGGGAUCCUGUUCACAGACUGGCUCUAGCAGAGGCCUGUAGAAAACAAGAAGAAUUCGAUGUGGCUCAUAGCUCUCCUUCUCAGGUAAAUAAACUAAUAAAGGAAGAACUUCAAAAUCAAGUGGAACUGCUGAAUUCUUUUGAGAAAAAAUACAGUGAUCCUGGCCCAGUAUAUGAUUGUCUGGUAUGGAAUGACGGCGAGACCUGGAGAGCCUGCAUAGAUACAAGUGAGAGUGGUGACUUGACAAGCUGUACAGUGCUGAGAACCUACAAAGAAGCUCAGGAGUAUGGAUCUUUUGGAACAUCUGAGAUGUUGAAUUACUCUGUGAAUAUAUAUGAUGAUGGAAACCUUCUUUCCAUUGUGACAAGUGGAGGAGCACAUGGAACACAUGUGGCUAGUAUUGCAGCUGGAUACUUUCCAGAAGAACCGGAACGAAAUGGUGUGGCUCCUGGAGCUCAGAUUCUUGCAAUCAAGAUUGGUGAUACAAGACUAAGUACAAUGGAGACUGGCACUGGUCUAAUAAGAGCUAUGAUAGAAGCAAUAAAAUACAAAUGCGAUCUUGUCAACUAUAGCUAUGGAGAGGCAACACAUUGGCCAAAUUCUGGGAGAAUUUGUGAAGUUAUUAAUGAAGCGGUGUGGAAACACAAUGUAAUCUAUGUUUCAAGUGCAGGAAAUAAUGGCCCUUGCCUUUCUACAGUAGGAUGUCCUGGUGGAACUACAUCUAGUGUAAUAGGUGUUGGUGCCUACGUUUCACCUGACAUGAUGGUUGCUGAAUACUCUUUAAGAGAAAAGCUGCCAGCAAAUCAAUAUACUUGGUCAUCCAGAGGGCCUAGCACUGAUGGAGCCCUUGGAGUAAGCAUCAGUGCCCCAGGAGGUGCUAUUGCUUCUGUUCCAAACUGGACUCUGCGAGGAACACAACUCAUGAAUGGUACAUCCAUGUCUUCUCCCAAUGCAUGUGGAGGCAUUGCAUUAGUAUUGUCAGGUCUCAAAGCUAAUGAUAUUCAUUACACUGUUCAUUCUGUCAGAAGAGCUUUAGAAAAUACUGCAGUGAAAGCUGAAAACAUAGAAGUAUUUGCACAAGGACAUGGUAUUAUUCAGGUUGAUAAAGCCUAUGACUACCUCAUUCAGAACUCAUCAUUCACAAGUAACAUAGGCUUUACAGUUACUGUUGGCAGCAACCGUGGAAUCUACCUCAGAGAUCCUGCCCAGAUAGCUGCACCUUCUGAUCAUGGGGUUGGCAUAGAACCUGUCUUUCCUGAGAAUACGGAAAACACUGAAAGAAUAUCUCUUCAGCUUCAUUUAGCUUUAACUUCAAAUGCAUCAUGGGUCCAGUGUCCUAGUCAUUUAGAGCUUAUGAACCAGUGUCGACAUAUAAAUAUUCGUGUGGAUCCACGUGGCCUGAGAGAAGGACUACAUUAUACAGAGGUGUGUGGAUAUGAUAUAGCAAUGCCAAGUGCAGGCCCUCUCUUCAGAGUUCCAAUAACUGUUGUUAUACCAACAAGAGUAGAUGAAUCAUCAAGCUAUGACCUGACAUAUACAGAUGUUCAUUUUAAACCUGGUCAAAUCCGAAGGCACUUCAUUGAUGUUCCACAGGGAGCUACGUGGGCUGAAGUGACAGUAUGCUCAUGUUCAGCUGAUGUGACUGCCAAGUUUGUGCUUCAUGCCGUUCAGCUAGUGAAACAAAAAGCAUAUAGAAGUCAUGAGUUCUACAAAUUUUCAUCCUUACCAGAAAAAGGAUCAGUGACUGAAGCAUUUCCUGUCUUAGCUGGCAAAACCAUUGAAUUUUGUGUUGCUCGGUGGUGGGCAAGCCUUAGUGAUGUCAGCAUUAAUUACACAAUUUCUUUCCAUGGUGUACUUUGUGCUACUCCUCAGCUAAACAUGCAUGCUUCAGAAGGCAUUGUACGAUUUGAUGUUCAGUCUCUGUUGAAGUAUGAAGAUAUUGCUCCAUGCAUAAAUCUGAAAAGCUGGGUUCAAACACUCAGACCAGUGAGUGCAAAAAUAAAACCUUUGGGCUCCAGAGAUAUUUUGCCAAAUAAUCGACAACUAUAUGAGAUGAUUUUGACCUAUAACUUCCAUCAGCCUAAGAGUGGAGAAGUAACUCCAAGCUGUCCGCUUCUUUGUGAAUUGUUGUACGAAUCUGAAUUUGAUAGUCAACUGUGGAUUAUUUUUGACCAGAACAAAAGACAGAUGGGUUCAGGAGAUGCCUAUCCACACCAGUAUUCUGUGAAACUGGAAAAAGGAGAUUACACUAUUCGGUUACAAAUCCGUCAUGAACAGAACAGUGAGCUGGAUCGCAUCAAAGACCUUCCAUUUAUUGUUUCUCACAGGUUGUCUAGUACCUUGAGCUUAGAUAUUUAUGAAAACCAUAGCCUUGCUCUCUUAGGGAAGAAGAAAUCCAACAGUUUGACAUUACCACCAAAACACAGUCAGCCAUUCUUUGUUACAUCUCUGCCUGAUGACAAAAUACCUAAAGGAGCAGGACCAGGAUGUUAUCUUGCAGGAGCUCUUACACUGUCUAAAACAGAACUUGGAAAGAAAGCUGAUGUCCUUACUGUUCACUAUCAUCUGAUACCAUCACCAUCAAAAAGUAAAAAUGGCAGCAAAGACAAAGAAAGAGAACAGGAAAAAGAAAAAGACGUAAAAGAAGAAUUUGCUGAAGCUUUAAGAGAUCUAAAAAUACAGUGGAUGACCAAACUGGAUACCGCUGAUAUGUAUAAUGAGUUGAAAGAAGCAUUUCCUAAUCAUCUUCCAUUGUACGUUGCAAGACUUCAUCAGCUGGAUUCUGAAAAGGAACGAAUGAAAAGACUUGAUGAAAUUGUUGAAGCUGCAAAUACUGUAAUCUCUCAUAUUGAUCAGACAGCAUUAGCAGUUUAUUUUGCCAUGAAGACUGAUCCUAGGCCUGAUGCAACUACUAUAAAAAAUGAAAUGGAAAAACAGAAGACUACUUUAGUGGAUGCGCUUUGUCGAAAAGGAAGUGCUCUGGCUGACCAGCUUCUUCAUCUGCAGGCCCAAGAAGGGGCUGCUUCCAGUGAUGCAGAAGGCAAAGAUGAGGAUCAUGAGAGCUGCUCAGAAGCUUUGACAGAGACAUUCUGGGAAACAACAAAAUGGACUGAUCUUUUUGACAGCAAGGUUUUGACUUUUGCCUAUAAACAUGCAUUGGUAAAUAAAAUGUAUGGGAGAGGUCUCAAGUUUGCCACAAAACUUGCAGAAGAGAAGCCAACAAAGGACAACUUGAAAAACUGCAUCCAGCUCAUGAAGUUGCUUGGAUGGACUCAUUGUGCAACUUUCACUGAGAACUGGCUUCCUGUCAUGUAUCCACCUGAUUAUUGUGUAUUCUAGAAAACCAACAAUUGUAAACUUAGAGUGAUUUUAUAUGGGUCAGGAUAUUAAAAGAUAAGUUUGACUUUUUAUUGGAACGCAUGUUUUCAUUACUGAAUGCUGAUUAUUAAAUUGUGUGUAUUUAUCAGUAAAGGCACCUGGGUACAGCUUAAUACCGGUUAACCUAACUCCUGUCAUCAGGAAGUUUCCUUAUUGUGCAUCCCAUUGCUGGCAAUGGUCAUGCCAGAACUGCCAACACUUAAGGAUUUGGAAUUAGGCUGGAAAGUCUUACUGCAUGCAUGUUAGGUUCUUAACUGUUAGUUUUAACUUCAAACCUGCAAAAGCUCUGUAUUUUUUACAGUAAACUGAAUUUUAACAUGUUU